AUGCCUAGCCGAAAAAACACACAUUGGUGCAAUACUUGUAGACGAGGAAUCCGUCUUCAAGGAGAAGAAGGCAGAAGAGGAAGAGGAGCUUGCAUUCAUUGUGGUAACACCUUUCUUGAAAAGCUAUAUGAGAAUGUUGAUCUAAACCCUUUUGAUUUAUUCGGAUUAGACAUCGAAGAAGCUCGUAACCAUAGUCGCAACAACCAAAGACCGAUUCUUGAAAACCAAUUGAGUUUUCGAGAGUUGUUUAACCGACUCUCAGCACAAGACCGUCGUGGUCCUCCUCCAGCUUCACCAACCACGAUUAACUCAAUGCCAAAGAUCAAAAUCAAGCAGAAGCAUCUCGGUUUGGAUAUGUGUUGUCCGGUUUGCCAAGAUCGGUUUGAAAUCGGAUCGGUUGCAAGAAAGAUGCCGUGUAAACAUAUCUACCAUUCGGGAUGUAUAGUACUUUGGUUACUCCAGCAUAAUUCUUGCCCAGUCUGUCGCAAAGAAUUGCCACAAGACCGGAAUUAUGGCCGCAAAAAUAUGUUGUUGGACAUGUGGCCGUUCAGCUCCUUUGGUUCGGCCUCAAGCCAAAAUAUAUCACAUUUUCAUUGA